AUGGUGCAACCAUCUGGGCAUUUUUGUAGCCCCAUGCAAUAUGAUAAAUGCGAAAGUGUGCCGUCUGCGCGGAUCUUGGGAGGGCCCGACCUGCACGUGGACAUGGGCUCCACCAUCAAUCUCACGUGCCUCAUCCAGUUCAGCCCCGAGCCGCCCGCCUACAUCUUCUGGUACCACGAGGACGAGGUGAUAUCGUACGACUCGUCGCGCGGCGGCGUGUCCGUCGUGACGGAGAAGGGCGCGGCCACCACCUCCUACCUGCUCGUGCAAGACGCCGCGCCCGCCGACUCCGGCCGCUACUCGUGCUCGCCCUCCAAUGCGGAAGUGGCCUCCGUGCGCGUCCACGUGCUCAACGUUGGCCACGACACUAAUGAGUACGGAUAUGAUGUUGCAGGCGAGCGGCCGGCGGCUAUGCAGACGGGAUCGGCGGGGUUGUCGAACAGCUCACGGUGCAUCGUGGCGCUGCUGGUGGCGUGCGUGCUUCACGCGAGAAUGCUGCGCGCGCAACUCGCCAGCUGA